AACUUCCGCUGCGCAUUUUCAGGUGGUGGAUUGUGGAUGCUGAUGGGGGACGAAAAGGAGACCUGGAAAGUAAAAACUCUUGACGAAAUCUUGCAGGAAAAAAAACGUCGACGAGAAUUAGAAGAGAAAACUGUUAAGCGCCAGAAAAAUUUCUCACAGGGCGUUGUUCCACAGACGAAUGAUCGGGAACCGAAACGAGACACUCCGGAGGAAGGAGAACUACGAGAUCAAAGAAUGGAAAUAACAAUUCGUAAUUCCCCGUACGUACGGGAGGACUCGACAGAGGACAGAGGAGAGGAAGACGAGUCACUAGCGAUCAAGCCCCCACAGCAGGUUGCGAGGAAGGACAAAACGCAUCACAGAAAGGAGGAGAAGAGAAAGGAUAAAAGACGUCACCGCAGUCACUCUGCUGAAGGCGCUGGAGGUAAACAUGUGCGAGCCAAAGACAAAGAAAAGGAGCGAGACAGCGAUCGCCAGAAGCGGCGAUGGGAGGAAGACAAGGCACGCAGAGACUGGGAGAGGCAGAAACGAAGAGAACAAGCCAGAGCUCAUUCUCGCAGAGAGAGAAGAAAACUCCAAGAACACUCCCCUCCUCCAGCUGUUCCUAGGUGUCUAGCGGCUAAUGCUAAAGACCGUCUGGAGCAGCAGGAGCGCCAGCGCGAACGAGACCGGAAGAUUCGUGAGCAACAGAAAGAGCAACGGGAAUUUAAAGAGAGAGAGCGAAGGGUGGACGAUCGACACAAAGAGAGAGGGAGUCGACGAGAAAUACCGUCUCACCAUCGCAUACUAUCCGACGAGUACGACGACAAGUCAAAACAAGCUCACCGUAGUCGCAGUCCGGCUCGCGGCUCCCGGGACCGGUCGGAGCACAGUGAGCCACGGAAAAUUCCAGCAUCAAAAGAGGAGAGGCCAGAUGUUCAAGACCUGCUUGCAGACCUCCAAGACAUUAGUGAUGUUGAAAGGAAGACCAGCACGGCAGAAUCCUCCAUUGCAUCAGGGUCAGGCUCCGAGGAGGAGGAAGAAGAGGAAGGAGAGGACCAGUCCAGUAGCCAGAGUGAGGAGGAGGAGGAGGAAGAAGAAGAAGACGACGAAGGAGAGUCUGUAUCAGCAUCAGGACGGUCUGAGCAGAGUGCAGAGGACGUGAGUGAGGAAGAGCAGUCAGAGGAAGACGCUGAGGAAGAGAGAGAAAAUGGAAAGCACAUACCUGCAGUUCCAGAAUCCCGUUUUGACCACGAUUCUGAGGAGACAGGUGAGGAGGAGGAGGAGGAGGAUGACGAAGAGGAGGACGACGAAGAGGAAGGUAGAGAGGGUGACCCCACCCCUCAAUCCCAAACUCACUCCCGCUCGCCCACCCCCGAGGAGAACUACAUUCCAGAGUCCCCGCCAGUUUCACCUGUGGAGCUGAAGAAGGAGCUUCCCAAAUAUCUGCCGGCUUUACAGGGUUGCCGCAGCGUUGAAGAGUUUCAGUGUCUGAACCGGAUAGAGGAGGGAACCUACGGAGUGGUGUACAGAGCCAAGGACAAGAAGACUGAUGAGAUUGUUGCCUUAAAGAGGUUGAAGAUGGAGAAGGAGAAGGAAGGCUUUCCCAUCACGUCUUUACGAGAGAUCAACACUAUUCUGAAAGCCCAACAUCCAAAUAUCGUCACAGUCAGGGAAAUUGUUGUUGGAAGCAAUAUGGAUAAGAUCUAUAUCGUAAUGAACUAUGUAGAGCAUGACCUGAAGAGUCUGAUGGAAACCAUGAAGCAGCCUUUCUUGCCUGGAGAAAUAAAGACUCUAAUGCUUCAGCUCCUUCGAGGAGUCCGACAUCUCCAUGACAACUGGAUUCUUCAUCGGGAUCUGAAGACGUCUAAUCUGCUGCUGAGCCACAAGGGAAUCCUCAAGGUUGGGGACUUCGGUUUGGCGCGGGAGUACGGCUCACCCCUGAAGCAGUACACCCCUGUUGUGGUGACUCUGUGGUACCGAUCUCCGGAGCUGCUGCUCGGAGCCAAGGAGUACUCUACGGCUGUGGACAUGUGGUCAGUGGGCUGCAUAUUUGGCGAGCUCCUCACCCAGAAACCUCUUUUCCCUGGAAAAUCUGAAAUUGACCAAAUUAACAAGAUUUACAAGGAUUUGGGAUCACCCAGUGAGAAGAUCUGGCCUGGCUACAGCGAGUUGCCUGCUGUGAAGAAGAUGAGCUUCACAGAGUAUCCCUACAAUAACUUGAGAAAGCGCUUUGGAGCGCUGCUGUCAGACCAAGGCUUCGACCUCAUGAACAAAUUCCUCACCUACUGCCCCGGUAAGAGGAUCUCAGCUGACGAGGCUUUGAAGCACGAGUACUUCAGGGAGACGCCUCUCCCGAUCGACCCCUCUAUGUUCCCCACCUGGCCGGCCAAGAGCGAGCAGCAGAGGGUGAAGAGAGGCACCAGCCCUCGUCCGCCCGAGGGAGGCCUGGGAUACAGUCAACUGGGUGACGACGACCUGAAAGACACUGGUUUCCACCUGACGACCAGCAACCUCGGAGCGUCUGCUGUUGGGCCCGGGUUCAGCCUCAAAUUCUGAUCAGGAAAAUCCAGCCGGGACGUUUCUCUGCCUCGCUUGAGAGGAACAAAGCAACAAGUUCUGGGACUCGUGUGUUUGAAGCCAGGCGGCUUUGCCGCUGCAGACCAGCUUGGUGUUUGCUACACAACAACUGAUCUCAGAUACUCAGGACUGUCCAACAGCAGGACUCAUUGUGGUUGGAAAUCUUCUCAUUUCUGUGAAUUCAACAUUUCAGAAGUGACUUGUUUCUGCUCCUCAACAGGAACGCACCAUCUAGAAGUUUAGCUCUCAUGUUUGACCUUUUUUUUUUAUUUUUAAAUGCUUCCCUGACUACCUGAGCUACUGUAUAAUUAUGCAUACUUGCCAUAUGAUCCAUCAGAAAUUUACUGCCGACAUGACUUAGGUUGACUGUUUUUGUAAGAAAUAAAAAUUGAAACUUUG